AUGGGCUUAGACGUUAAAAACCAUAAUGGGCCCUUAUGGCCCAUAUAUAUGUUUAAAGAGGAUGUCGGAAAUAAAUAUCUGAAACAUUCAUUACCCCCGGCGAAUCCAGAACUCUCUGAGUCUUUCUUGGGACAUAGUGUUGAAAACGCCGUAGUUACGGUUCCUGCUUACUUUAAUGAUUCUCAGAGACAAGCUACUAAGGACGCUGGGUGUAUCUCUGGGCUUAAUGUUUUGCGGAUUAUCAACGAACCAACUGCUGCGGCUAUUGCUUAUGGGUUGGAUAAGAAGGGGAGUAAGAGUGGCGAGAGGAAUGUUUUGAUCUUCGAUCUUGGAGGCGGGACGUUUGAUGUUUCUUUGUUGACGAUUGAGGAAGGUGUGUUUGAAGUGAAGGCUACUGCUGGAGAUACUCAUCUCGGUGGUGAGGAUUUUGAUAACAGGCUUGUGAAUCAUUUCGUGGCGGAGUUUAAGAGGAAGCAUAAGAAGGAUGUUAGUGGGAACGCUAGGGCGUUGAGGAGGUUGAGAACGGCUUGUGAGAGAGCGAAGAGGACGCUCUCUUCGACUGCUCAGACGAGUAUUGAGAUUGAUUCUUUGCACGAGGGGGUUGAUUUUUACGCUACUAUCUCGCGUGCGAGGUUUGAGGAGAUGAAUAUGGAUUUGUUUAGGAAGUGUAUGGAUCCUGUGGAGAAAGUUUUGAGGGAUGCUAAGAUUGAUAAGAGCCGUGUUCAUGAGGUGGUUUUGGUUGGAGGGUCUACGAGGAUUCCUAAGAUUCAGCAGCUUUUGCAAGAUUUUUUUAAUGGGAAGGAGCUUUGUAAGAGCAUUAACCCUGAUGAAGCUGUUGCUUAUGGAGCUGCGGAUAAAACGGCUGGUGUGAAGAACCAGAUCACGAUCACGAACGAUAAAGGGAGGUUGAGUAAAGAGGAGAUAGAGAAGAUGGUGCAAGAUGCUGAGAAGUACAAGGCUGAGGAUGAGCAAGUGAAGAAGAGAGUGGAGGCCAAGAACUCGCUGGAGAAUUAUGCUUACAACAUGAGGAACACUGUCAAGGAUGAGAAACUCGCUCAGAAGCUAGGUCAAGAGGAUAAGCAGAAGAUUGAGAAGGCGAUUGAUGAGACAAUAGAGUGGAUUGAAGGGAACCAGCUUGCGGAAGUUGAUGAGUUUGAGUAUAAGUUGAAAGAGCUGGAGGGUAUUUGUAACCCAAUCAUCUCAAAGAUGUAUCAGGGUGGUGGUGCUGGUGCUGGAUAUUCUGAUGGUGGUAUGCCUGCAAGCGGUGGCUCAGGUGGUGCUGGAGGUCCAAAGAUAGAAGAGGUUGAUUAG